UCAUCACUCGCUCGCACUCCCUUGUCGUAUAAAGCUCUUUCCCCCCAUUUCCACCGCUUUUUCUUCCCUUUACAUUCCCAUUUCCAUCCCCAACAUCGCGAUCUCACAUCCACGCGCCACUGCAAAUCCAUCAAUAUCUCAUCAAUCACGUCGAUUUUCCAUCAAAUCAAACGCUUUAUUAACUAAAUCAUCAUGACUGGACGUGGCAAAGGUGGAAAGGGCCUUGGAAAGGGCGGUGCCAAGCGCCAUCGCAAGAUCUUGCGCGACAACAUCCAGGGCAUCACUAAGCCUGCGAUCCGUCGUCUUGCUCGUCGUGGCGGUGUCAAGCGUAUCUCCGCAAUGAUCUAUGAGGAGACUCGUGGGGUUCUGAAAUCGUUCCUCGAAGGCGUCAUCCGUGAUGCCGUCACCUACACCGAGCACGCCAAGCGCAAGACCGUCACCUCCCUCGACGUCGUGUACGCCUUAAAGCGACAGGGCCGUACCCUCUACGGUUUCGGUGGAUAGACCCUCUAGCAUCCUGGUCAAUGCUUGUGCUUCGGGGGGUUGGUGUCACGGAGGGUUGUCAUAUUCACAUGGGGGAAUAACGGGGCUGAUGCGCUACUACGCUAUGUCGUCGGUGCUAUGUCGUCGGUCAGAUGGAUGGAA